AUGAAAACGAUAUCUCAUCUCGAGUCUUCCCAAAUGGAGUCCCAGCACUUGGACUACCAAUACAAAGAGGCAAUUUUGACUUUGAACAAAUUACUCAACUUGUGGAAUGAGAUUCAUAUUCCAGUCCCAGUUGGGCAGAGUCUCCUCCGUUUCCUUCAUAUAAUCUACCUCUUCUUUUACUCAGAUAUCACAACCGUUAUGCUUCCAUGCAUUACGUUCGGCAUACUGGGCUCAGCAACAAACUCAUCUCUGACUGAAGGCGCCCUCCCCAUUUCCACUGUCGUCUACAACUGUCCCAAAGCAUUGAUCUGGCUGUGGGGGGUCUUGAUGGUCUUCGAUAUCAACAACCAGAAUUCUCCCGAAUCUAUCGAAGAGGACCGCAUCAACAAACCUUCGCGGCCAAUUGCGUCGGGCCGAAUCAGCCCUACUGCUGCUUCCUAUCUCCUACAGGCAAUGAUUGCCUUGACUCUUCUCAUCAGCUAUGCCACGGGAGUAGUUCCAGAGACUUUAGCACUGUUCGUGCUAUACUGGCUAUAUGACAAUCAAGGAGGCAAUGAAGACUGGUUUAUGCGCAACCUGUUGGCCACUGGCGGCUACAUCUUUUAUUCUCUCGGCAGCUUGACUAUAGUCUCAAGCCAUUCAGAAACAAGAGCCGCCAAACUAUGGAUGUUCAUUUUUGGCCUUGUCAUCCUAACAACCAUCCAUGCCCAAGAUUUUCGUGACAUGGAGGGUGACCAGCUUAAGGGACGGACUACGUUGCCACUUAUCAUGGGCUCAAAAACAGGUCGAGCUACAAUUGCCGCAACGCUUGUGUUCUGGUCUACCUUUUGUCCCUUUUACCUUGGGUUGCCUCUUCAUGCAUAUUGCCUUGCUGUUGGUCUUGGAGCUUUCACUGGAUGGCGAUUCAUGUCGAAAACAGACAAUGCUGCUGACAAGAAGUCUUUUCAUAUCUAUUGUCUUUGGGUAGCAAUUAUGUUGCAACUACCUGCGAUGGCUCUAUAA